ACCAAAAUUAAUCUAUAAAUUAGCGAGCCACUUGGGAAUUGCAGGGUACUACCGAUUAGCACUAUACCCGUUUCUAAGCCCACACACACACACGCACGCGCAGUGAUACUAUGUGUAUACGAUCUCUGUGUGUUGGUGGGGGUUUCGGCGAUAAGAAAAUCGAGCCAUAAAGUCGCGCCGGCGAUUCUGCUGACGCCCAGUUGCUUUGGAGUGAUUCUUCGAGUCAGACGAACGGCGGAGUUUAUGCAGCGCGUACAAACAAACAAACGGCAGGAAAAAAGCUAAGAAGCAGGGAGAGAGAGAGUGAGAGUGAGAGAGAGGCAAAGCAAAGCACAAGCGAAUAUCGAGCACAAAGCAAAGCGCGCAACACGUGAAACAGCAGCCGCCAAUUGGGUUCAAUUUCAAUUCUGAAACACGAUCGAAAAGAACGCGAAUCGAGAUGUCGUCCGCAGCCACAACAACAACAUCCAUUGAGGGCUACAAGCUCGGCAAGGUCAUCAUAGAGGGCAAGACCAAACAGGUGUACGACCUGCCCGAACAGCCAGGACUUUGCCUGCUCCUCAGCAAGGACCGCAUCACCGCUGGAGAUGGAGUCAAGGCCCACGAUCUGGCUGGCAAGGCGGAGAUCUCCAACACCACCAACGGUCAGGUGUUCCGACUGCUCAACGAGGCCGGUAUUCGCACCGCCUAUGUGAAACACUGCGGAGCAAAGGCCUUCAUCGCCCGCAAAUGCCAGAUGAUUCCCAUCGAGUGGGUGACUCGGAGAUUGGCCACCGGAUCGUUCCUCAAGCGGAACGUCGGAGUGCCCGAGGGCUACAGAUUCUCCCCACCCAAACAGGAGACGUUCUUCAAGGAUGAUGCCAACCACGAUCCCCAAUGGAGCGAGGAGCAAAUCGUUUCUGCGAAAUUCGAGCUGAAUGGUCUGCUGAUCGGUCAAGAUGAAGUGGACAUUAUGCGUAGAACCACCCUGCUGGUCUUCGAGAUUCUCGAGAGGGCGUGGCAGACGAAGAACUGCGCCCUGAUCGACAUGAAGGUGGAGUUCGGUGUGUGCGACGAUGGCAACAUAGUGCUGGCCGAUAUUAUAGACUCCGAUUCGUGGCGUUUGUGGCCGGCCGGCGAUAAGCGAUUGAUGGUCGACAAGCAAGUGUAUCGCAAUCUGGCGUCCGUUACGGCCAGCGAUUUGGACACUGUCAAGAGGAACUUCAUUUGGGUGGCCGAACAACUGGCCGAUAUUGUGCCAAAGAAGGAUCAUCUGGUGGUCGUCCUAAUGGGCAGCGCCUCGGAUACUUCGCACAGCGAGAAGAUCGCCACCAGUUGCCGAUCCUUGGGCCUGAAUGUCGAACUCCGGGUGAGUUCGGCCCACAAGGGACCCGAGGAAACGCUGCGCAUUGUCCGCGAAUACGAAUCGGUGAUGACCAAUCUGAUAUUCGUUGCCGUCGCCGGACGAUCGAAUGGACUCGGGCCCGUUGUCUCGGGCAGCACCAACUAUCCGGUGAUCAAUUGCCCGCCCGUGAAAUCGGACAACAUGCAGGUGGACGUUUGGUCCAGUCUGAAUCUGCCAUCGGGCUUGGGCUGUGCCACUGUUCUCUAUCCGGAGGCAGCUGCUCUGCAUGCGGCCACCAUUCUGGGACUGGGCAACUUCAUGGUCUGGUCGAAGCUGCGCGUCAAGGCGCUCAACAACUUCAUUACCCUCAAGAAGGCCGACAAGGAGCUGCGCGGCGUGCGAAAUGCCUAGAUUUCCUUAUGGAUUCUUUUACCUAGGGGUCCAUUUGAUUCCAUCGAGGUAUCAUCGUUUGGCAAUCGUCCAGAGAUCCGCUUAAGAUCAUCUUAAGAUCCCUUUGUUGUUUCUAAUCCUCUCUAAUUUUUUUUUUCGUAACUAAUCCUCUUUAUUUUUGUAGUUUUAAGAAAACAUGACUUCAACUAGUUGUACCCCGUUCUCUGUAGGGUAACUCGAAAUACCUAAUAAUAAAACGGAAAUCUAAAUGUUA